UUUUACGGUCGUAUGCCACUUUCCAGCGCCAACGGACAAGUUUGACCACAGCUUACGACGAACUGUCUUCAUUCCUACACAUACUCAUCGUCUGAGUAUCAGUACUCUUUAUAAGUAUCCUUACGAUAAAUAAAACAAAGGAAACCGUCGGAGAGAGCUGUUAAUGCCCUCCUACUCUAUGUCAGAGGACACUAGGUCGUCGACCGCACCUAGACCUCGUCGUGUCCUCGUUCUAUCAAAUCCAGAUCCAGGCGACUCUAGCAGUAGUGAGGAUGAACGUCCUCGUUAUCCUAAUCAUCACCCUCAGGAUUCUAACUCUUCCUUGAUUCAACAUCCAACAUCAGUAAUUCCAACCCCACCAUCUCGUCCUCCAAGACCCCGUCCUGCUCCCCCCUUGACAACAACCGGUCUGCCACACCACUAUCCUCCAUCCCGUUCAAAUCCCAAUCUAUCCUCUCCUUCGAGUCAGAGCUCAAAUGCAGUCGAAUCAACUCCUCCACCAAGCACUCCUGGUCAAACAGCACAUUCAGAUUUGAGUAAUUCAGUCAUCACCAUUGAUGAUGGUACAGCACUCGUUGAACGUACCGAAACCGCUCAACCUCCUACUCGUUUCCAGAAGAUUGCCGAUGUCCUUCACUUGCGUCAUCGCAGACCUUCACAUCGACAUCUGGGCUCUGACAUUUCUCUCCAUUCUCCAUCCCCUUCUGCUUCAUCGCCGACUGUACCACCCCCGCCUACAUGGGUCAUCAUGGUAACCUAUGACUGCCAUGCCUAUACAGCUGUCGACAUCACAAAUGCAAACAGCGCAGCUUUUAUUUGGGAACGCAUUUUUGCUGAAUACCCCAUGAAGAUCAGUGUGGACAGCUCUCCAUCUAUCGCACCCAAAUCGGCAAAGUCGCAAUCGGCGAACCACUAUCAGAUGAUAACCUAAUUCGGCUGGUUCAUGAUCGAGGUGACAGCGAGGGGAGCUUGAAGUUCUUGGUUUGUCCUUCUCAAGCAAGGGUUCAGGAUCCUUCACUCUUAAGCUCGCCAGUCAAGUCCGUGCCCCCACCCCCCGUACCGGUAUU